UCGGGAUCAGAAGGUUUUGCGCUGAGGUGUCCGUUCUCGCUGCUUCUGCUGCUUCAGCAACUCGUGAACUUGUGCUGUGACGUAUUCUAAAAACCGUUUCCCGUGAUCGUUUGAAGCAUUCUUGCUGUGCAGUGUCAGUGAAAUAUUUAGAACCAUUUUGCUGUGGGGCAGUGUUCUCAAACGGUGAUCGUGUCGCUCUCCGCUGCUGCUGCUGCUCUCUACGGGACAACUGCGGACAAGUGUCUUCAUAGCCACGGCUCUCGCUCUCUCAAGUGUAGCACAUCUACAUAAAACCGAGACAGCUGCUACUGCUACUUCCCGGCAGAAGACGAUCCCGUGACGACGACCCGACGUGGUUGGGAACGGCAGGGAAGCUUAAAUAGCCGUUCCAGUUGAGUUGGCAGGGAACCGGUAUCGCCUAUCUUCCCGGUCCGUCCGGCCCGAUCCCCGAGCUGCUGUCAGCUGAGUUGCGCCGCCUGCCACGAACCCCCCCCCCCCCCCCCCCCCCCGACAAACCACGACAGCAUCAGGCCACACGAGCACCAUUCGGGCCCGUUUGAAGCAGCAUCCCGGUCAGUCUGUCUGCGACCGCGAACGGAUGAGCAUCGCCGUGUGGUGACUGGCCGGUUUUUGCUUCACGAGACGCAUUCGGUUCCAUUGUUGCACCAACAGCCGGUCUUUGUGUUCACGAAUCACAUCAUUUGUUAAAAAGUGCUGUAGUGUAUGGCCACCGGUAGACAGAUCGGCUAGCAGUAAUCCCUCUUAUCGAACGAAUCGAUCGGUGGUUCCGGUCUGUGACAAUCGCUGACGCCUGAUAACGCGGUGGACACGUAGGAACACCCGCUGCAUAUCGUUGGUGCAUCGUAAAACGAAUCUGGAAAUAGAACAACAACCGCUCGCUGAUUACAGUGAUCUGAUUAGGAGCGAACGUGAUCGUCGUUCAAUUGUGAGUUCGGGUGGGUGAUAAGUGAGUUGAUAGUGAUGCAGUGAAGCGUUUCCUGGUAAAAAAAAAAAAAGCAAAUCACUUCGGUGUAUGUCGAUGUAGCACGUGAUCUUUUGCUUACUGGAACGACGUCAGCUGAUCGACGUCAGCUGAUUGUGAUUCACUGAACUCAAAGUCAAAGCGCAAGCCGAAGCCGACGCCGCCGCCACUGCCGCCACCGCCACCGCCGCCACCGCCACCGCUGCACAGGAAGUGGAAGAAAGCUCUCUCGCGCUCGGGCGCAAAAAGGCGCGAGUGACAUCGGAACCCCAUAUCGCGCCUAUCGAUCACACCCAAGACAUCCCGUCCGUCCGUCCGCGGGAGGAGAGCGGGAAAGAGGAAAGGUGAAGACAAUCCACUUCCACCACAAUAAUGGUGCUGGUGCUCAAUGGAAUCAUACAGGAUGAGCGGCCGAUCAACACCCAUGCGCUGUUCCUGGAACAUCCCGUCUACCGCGAGAUGGCCACGCAGCUACUUUCGAUUCCGACCAAAACGGUCGGAGCACCGGGGUUGCUGUAUGUUUGUCAGCGGGAAAUGGCGGCUGUCGCGCCACAUGAUCGAAAUGUGAACAUUAUCGGUUCGGACGAUGCCACCACAUGCAUCAUUGUCGUCGUGCGGCACUCAGGUUCCGGCGCAAUUGCGUUAGCACAUCUCGAUGGAAGUGGCACCGAUGAAGCCGUUUCGGCGAUGGUCACCCGGGUCCAGGAGCUUGCCUUCGGCUAUCCGGAGGGACGUAUCGAGCUGCAGCUGAUCGGUGGCUUCAGUGAUCCGCAGGGCUACGCCGAAGAUCUCUUCGGUACCAUUAUGCAGUCCUUCCAUAAGCAUCCGCUCGAAAUAGACCUAACACAGUCGUGCGUCGGUGAGCUGAACACGAUCACACGCGAUGACGUUAACUGGCCGAUCAUUUACGGUGUCGGCGUGAACAUCAAGACUGGCCAAAUCUUUCCAGCCACCUUUCCCGACAAGGGUCCAGAUCUGCCACUGCGGAUGGCUCGUCACUUCACCGGAAGCCAUCAGGUGCUAGACAUAUACGAUUCUACCGUGGGUAUGCUGCGGAUUGGUCCAUUCAACUAUAAUCCAUUGCGCGGUGUUAACCUGUGGCUGUCGCAAAGCGACGAAUUUAUUCUGAAGCAUCUUUCUACCAGUCCGGAUGUGGAACCGCCACACUUUGUCAUGCAAGUCCGUGCCACACUUAGCUACAUACAAGAUAAUCAAUUCCCAGCGAUCACCGUCUUCCGCAACAACAAUCCACAUUACUUCCGGCGCGACGAAACCACCGGCUGCUGGGCUCCGGUGCGGUACUGAAACUGGUUCCUUAUCUUGAAGCCAUCCACGGUGCAGAUCGGCAGCACACAGCCAUGAUUUCGUUAACCGCUAAUAUCUUCGACGUUCUGCGAAAACCUCUGAAGAACACAAACACCCCGUGAACAUACACAUUACUGCUCGUAUUUAUCGCCGUAGAAAACGUGCUCUGGCGUUCGCUGUGCACUUCCACGUUAUACACAUUAUGCUUCUUCCUGUUACAUGUUUUCUUUAUGUCAUGUGCUAUGGCUAAAUGUUUGUAAGUUUUGUGCCUUUUUCCCGCUACCGUUUCACUAAUGAGCUGUCUCUCGCUGAAGCUUAGCUCUAUCGAUCAUUUAAAGGACGUAUUAGAAAUGUGUCACGGCAAACUUUUGUCUCGAUAUAAAGCUAUAUGAAUUUAAUGCGAAUGCAUCGUUUGGGUUUGCAUUUGUUUGCCGGAAAGAGAGGGUAGGAGAGAAAGAGUACAUUGACCGGGAUUCAAUUCGAUAUACUAUAGAUGGUUUUCCGUCUCCUGCUACCGUACUCGGUGCAUAUUGAAUGUCCAGUUGCAAUUAUUUAAUACAAUAAAUAAAUACAUUAAAGUUUAAUUAAA